CCUCUCUACCAGCUCUCCGUCCGGCGGAAGCAGGCGUUAGGCGAGGCAUGGAUUUUGGCCAGUGAAGGCGGGGAUGGAGGAGCGCAGCCCGUACCAGAAGAGCUGCCCGGAGGCCGGCGGGACCUCCUUAGUGCCGGGGACGGGCGGAGGGGCCUGCCGGGCCGGCUGCGCCGCGGCUGCGGAAUUGGAGGCCAAGCUCCAGCGGGCGGUGGAAUUCAAGGCGGAGGGGCAUCGCUGCUACAAGCAGAAGAAGCUCCGCGAAGCCAUCGGCAAGUACCACCGAGCCCUGCUGCAGCUGAAGGGACUGGAACCGCCGGCCGCCGAGGGGGGCGGCGAGGCGGCUGCUGCGAAGGGCAGCUCGCUGGUCGCCUGGCGUCACCUGUCCGCCGAGCAGCGGGAGCAGGCGGACAAUACGGAGAUGGAGUGCUACGACAGCCUGACUGCCUGCCUCCUGCAGUCGGAGCUGGUGAACUACGAGCGAGUCCGCGAAUAUUGCCUGAAGGUGCUGGCCAAGGAGAAGGGCAAUUUCAAAGCCACGUACCGCGCGGGCAUCGCCUUCUACCACCUGGGCGACUGCGACAAGGCCCUGCUCUACCUGAAGGAGGCCAAGUGCCGCCAGCCCACAGACACCAACGUCCUCCGCUACAUCCAGCUGACGGAAAUGAAGAUCAGCCGCUGCCACCAGCGCGAAAAGGAGGUGACCGCGUAGGACAGAGCUGCGCCGCCCUCCUCCGGCCCGGGCCUCGAUCGAAGCCUCAGCUGCGUCCAAGAUCGGGGAAUCCGCGAUGCCCUCCAGAGACAGCUUGACCCAGAGCGACCCCCCCACAUCCCCACCCGGACUGCGGGCGGGAGAAUGUAGGUUUUUUCCUGCCAAACACCUCUGGGGCGCCGAGUCCUUUCUUGGGGUGGGGAAAGACACAGAGCGGAGGGGACGGUCGUAAAGGGGACCUUCGACAGGCUCCAAGGAGGGGCUUCUGAAGAGGCUCUGGUGCCUUUCACGGCUCCCGUCCUGGGGUUUUUUUAUCGGAAGUAGGAGAAGGGUGAGAGCGAAGGGAGCAGGCAGAGGGCUUUGGAGCUACGGUCAUCACACACACACACACACACACACACCA